GUAAAAUCUCAUGGAAAUAAAUGUCUACUUAACUUAUAGAACCCAUCUUGUGCAUAGUUCAUCUCUAUUUUGUCCUCCCGUCGAGGUAAAUCUUAGGGCAAUUUUAAAUCGCCGACGGACGUCUCGCCGCCGUGCCGCCUCUUUCUCCGCUUCUUUCGCUACUUCGCAGACCAUUCCGCCGCUAUGUCUCAGGUAGACAACAGAAAUUCGUCAGCAGCCAAGCGUGCUAGAACUGACGGUGGGCGCAGGGAAGAUGAUUGGACCUGUCCCAGUUGUGGCAAUGUCAAUUUUUCAUUCAGGACAACUUGCAAUAUGCGUAAUUGCACUCAGCCUAGACCUGCAGAUCACAAUGGAAAGUCUGCUCCAAAACCUAUCCAACCUCCACAUAGUUUCUCAUCGCCAGGGAGAUAUUUAGGAUCUGGGGGUCCCCCUUCGGUAUAUAUGGGCGGGUCACCAUAUGGAUCUUCUCUCUUUAAUGGGUCGUCUAUGCCUCCUUUUGACGUACCAUUUUCUGGUGGCUCGCCUUAUCAUUUUAACUAUAACAGCCGAAUUCCUGCCGCAGCUCAUUACAGACCGUUACAUAUGGCUGGACCACCACCGUACCAUGGCGGAUCUAUGAUGGGAAAUGGUGGUAUGUAUGGAAUGCCUCCACCAAUGGACAGGUAUGGCCUUGGUAUGGCUAUGGGUCCUGCUGCUGCUGCUGCAAUGAUGCCAAGACCCGGGUUCUUUCCAGAUGAAAAACCACAGAAGAGAGAUUCAACUCGUGAUAAUGAUUGGACAUGUCCGAAUUGUGGUAAUGUAAACUUCUCGUUCAGAAUUGUAUGCAACAUGAGAAAGUGCAACACUCCAAAGCCUGGGCCCCAGCAAGGUGGAAGCUCAGAUAAAAUUUCAAAACAAAAGGCACCAGAAGGGAGCUGGAAGUGUGACAAUUGUGGGAACAUAAACUAUCCUUUCAGGAGCAAAUGCAACAGGCAAAACUGUGGAGCUGAUAAACCAGAGGAUCAGUCAAACGAAUCUCCUUCCCAUGCACCAGAAGAGAACGAUCAGUGAGUCGUAGACAUGUUUGGGGGGGUUGAGAAGGGUGUGAUUGUCUGAUCCAGCGGGUGUCUCGUAAUGUCAGUCAAAUGUCUCGCGUCAGGUCGUCCAUGUUGCAGCGGUCGUCAAAAGUUGCUUUUGUCUAUUUUUAUGUCUCUUUGGGUUAGCUCUGUGUUGUAUCAAUGCAUCAAAUUGUUUUUAAUCUACUCUUGUGGUCGUUAUGGAUCUUUUACUAUAGAAUCCUUCUCCAGGUCUAUUAUCCUGUUCACAUACAUCCUGGUCUUCUUAGUUGGCACUUUUGGUUAUACAUUCUUCUUUGUUAUUCACGUUGGUCGUUUUUCUUACCGUAUUACCAUCUUCGUAAAAUUAGUGUUUUUUCGGUUAAUGGAGUCUUUCUUGGGGGUGCAAAGAGGUUUUAGAUAGAAUUAACUAAGCAAAAGUUAUUGAUGAACUUAUAUUUCUACCC